ACCCUAUACAUAGCAGGAGCUUUAUUGCGUCUUGUCUUCUUCUCCAACAAACCAAAUCUUUAAAAAAAAUCCUUUUUUUCACUUUCCACUGAUCAGUGCCACUUGUUCUCUUUCCUAAUCACACAGCCCAUUAAAACCUCUCUCCAUCAUCACUCCAUUAUCUGCAUAAUAAAUAAAUGCAGCUUCUUCUUUCCAAAGCUUCCCUUUUUUUCAAUUCAAGAACUCUUUUUUAUUCUUCAACAACAAUGGCUACAUCUACUUCAAUUUCUCUUUCUUCAAAACCCCGUUUAAAGGGUAUUGUAUUUGACAUGGACGGAACCCUAACGGUCCCCGUUAUUGAUUUUCAGGCCAUGUACAGGGCUGUUCUGGGUCAUGAUGAGUACCUUGCUGUUAAAUCCAAGAGCCCUUCUGGCAUUGAUAUUUUGCACCACAUUGAAAGUUGGAGCCCUGAUAAGCAACGUAGGGCGUAUGAGGUUAUUGCUGAUUAUGAAAAGCAGGGUCUUGAUCGACUCCAGAUUAUGCCUGGUGCGGCUGAACUUUGUAGUUUUCUUGAUUCUAGGAAUAUUAGAAGGGGAUUAAUCACUAGAAAUGUCAAAGAUGCAGUUGACUUGUUUCACGAACGCUUUAAUGUGAAAUUUUCUCCUGCACUGAGCAGGGAGUAUCGUCCUUACAAACCAGAUCCAGCUCCAUUGCUGCACAUUUGUUCAACUUGGGAAGUUCAAUCUAAUGAAGUAAUGAUGAUUGGGGACAGCCUCAAAGAUGAUGUUGCUUGUGGCAAACAAGCUGGAGCUUUUACUUGCUUGCUCGACGAAACAGGAAGGUAUGAUGCUCCAGAAUAUGCAAACGUCCAACACAAACCAGACUAUAAGGUGUCUUCUCUUGUUGAGGUUCAGUCACUUCUAGAAACAGAUUUUGAGCUGACAUCUUGAUAUUUGCAAAUCUUUGGAACCCCCCUGGCCUGGCUGAGCAACGAGACAUGGUUUACCCUCGUAAGCC